CCUCCCCGCGUCGCUACGUGUCCGCGGGUCAGUUCUGAUCCCCAGGCGGCUACACAGAGGGGGCAGAGGCGGAGGCAGCUGGGCUUAGACAUGGGGGAGAUAGUUCUACCGCGGCGGAUGUUCCUGUGGUGCAUGGCGGUCAUUUAUUUGUCCGCUUUUGUUUCCCUUUACGUGCAGAUUCCAGGUCUCUAUGGAAACGAGGGCCUGCUGCCUGCCCGUUGGAGGCUCCGAUACAGCGGUAAGUCUUUAUGGGAACAGCUGGUGUCGUCUCCCACCCUGCUGUGGCUCGGACCUCGGUUCGGCCUGGACACACAUACCGCCAUGGAGCUGCUGUGUCUCAUCGGCGCCGCUCUGAGCCUUGUCGCCACACUCGUAGAGGCAUUCAGAGACAGCGUGGUGUUUUUCUGCCUCUGGGCCUUGUACCUGUCCUUGUAUGAGGUCGGUCAGGUUUUCCUCUACUUCCAGUGGGACAACCUGCUUCUAGAGACCGGGUUCCUUUGCAUCCUCAUUGCUCCGCUGACAUUAAUCCGAGGGUCACGAAGGGUCAGGGAGCAUGAUCGUGUGACAUUCUGGCUCAUCCGCUGGCUGCUCUUCAGGCUGAUGUUUGCCUCUGGAGUUGUAAAACUCACAUCACGUUGUCCUACUUGGUGGGGCCUUACUGCACUGACCUAUCACUAUGAGACCCAGUGUAUCCCCACCCCUCUGGCUUGGUUCGCCCACCAGCUGCCGGUGUGGUGGCAGAAGAUGAGUGUAGCGGGGACCUUUGUCAUAGAAAUCGCUGUCCCAUUCCUUUUCUUCAGUCCACUGCGCAGGCUCAGAAUUGGUGCUUUUUAUUUACAGGUUCUUCUGCAGGUGCUUAUCAUUUUGUCUGGCAACUACAACUUCUUCAACCUGCUGACGCUGACCCUCUGUCUGUCUCUCCUGGAUGAUCAGCAUGUACGAUUCUGGCUGCGAAAGACAGACAACACCAGCAACAGCAGUAAAGUCAACCCUAAUACAUACUCCAGGUUGUGGUCGUGGCUGUGUUACCAUGUGGAGUUGGCUGUCUGGUCUCUCACCAUCUUUGGAACUAUAAACUGUUUCAACCUGCAGAUUGAUGCGAAAAAGAACGGCAUCUCCUCCAGGACAGCUUUCACGUAUCACGAGUUUAACCAGUUCCUGAAGACCGUCACUAUCCCCUGUAUCUGGAUUGGAGUCCUCUCUCUUACAUGGGAGAUGGUCAUAGCCAUGUUCAGGUGUGCAUGUGUUCAUGGUUUCCUGAAGAGAUUUUGGGGAACUCUCCAGUGGACUGUGUUUGGUGCUGCCACUGCUGCGAUGUUCACGGUCAGCCUGGUGCCGUUCACUUACAUAGAGUUUGACUCUAAUGCCAGGUUGUGGCCAGCAGUGAGACAGGCCUAUGAUGUAGUUGAUCGCUACCAGCUGGUCAACUCAUACGGCCUGUUCAGAAGGAUGACCGGUGUUGGCGGGCGGCCCGAGGUGGUCAUCGAGGGGAGUAAUGAUGGAGUCACAUGGACGGAGAUCGAGUUUAUGUACAAACCAGGCAACCUCAGUGCCUCCCCACCUGUAGUAACGCCCCACCAGCCCAGGCUGGACUGGCAGAUGUGGUUUGCUGCUCUGGGUUCUCAUACACAUGCUCCAUGGUUCACCAGCCUCAUGUACAGACUACUACAGGGCAAAACAGAUGUGAUAGAGCUGAUCCAGACGGAUAUAAAUCGAUAUCCGUUCCACCAGCAGCCUCCUACCUACCUCCGAGCCCAUCGCUACAAAUACUGGUUCACAGAACCAAAGGCCGACGGAUCAUACCCACAGCGUUGGUGGAGGAGGGUCUAUGAUGAAGAAUUUUAUCCCACAGUGCAUCUGGGUCAUUCCUUCUUAGAAAACAUGCUCAACCACCAUGGACUCAAGGACAAAUCUGCUCCUCGCCGUAUGUCCAACAACACCGUUUCUCGAGCCGUUCGAUGGAUGCGUUCCCAGGUCAGGGGUGUUCCUGCCCCUCUGCUCAUCUGGACACUUAUGGCCUGCAGCGCCAUCUUCUGUCUGCUGCAGGGACUACGAGACAGAAACAAACAGAAGACGCCACAAGAAUUCAAAGCUUCUGUGGUUGAGACUGAUCACAAAGAAAACACACAUGACAUCUCUUCAGACCCUCUAGACAAGUCAGAGGAAAAGGAGGCAGAAGAUGAGGAAGAGGAGGAAAAGGAGGAGGAUGGAGAAGAGGAAGAUGCAGUAGAGGACAGUGAAGGAGAAGAAAAAGGCAGUGAUAUUGAAGAAGAAAUGACAGAGGAGACUGAGCAGGAAGAACAAAUGAGAGAAAAAAAUGAGAUCCUUCGACAGAGGAAGUCUUAAAAAAAGAUACUGUAAUGUCAUCUGAUAUCACCACCUGCCUUUACUGAUUCCAGUGUGAUCGAACUAUCUGUUCUAUGUGUUUAUUUCCUGCCAAGAUAGUUCUGAAAAUAGUCCAUUCACCUUGUUUCACCCAAAUCUUACUGCCAUGCAUUUUGUAUUUUUGCAUCCACAUUAGAAACCAGUUGUUGAACCACUCUGGACUUGCUUGAACUGAGCAGUCUUCACAAAUGUACUGAAUUCACUGAAAUCGAAGCAGAAGUGUGGGUCAUACUGGAUAAAAGCUAAAGAGAAAUGUAGGAUGUUUACUCUUGUUACUUGAUGUGUGUCUGUGCCAGUCUGUCAGUUCUGCAUGUAUGGCCUGUCCUGUUGUAUUUGUUUAUAAAUACAGGUUUAUAUUGGUGUGUUUGCACUUGUUACUUUAAUUCUGUCACUCUGGACACUUCCCUCUGCUGCUCUUUUGUAUGAACAAUCACUUGUUUCUGUCAUUGUUGUCAGAAAUGAGACAAAAAUAAAUGUACUUUUGAAAGAUUUUUAAUACAUAUAAAAUAAAAGUUGCUCUUUAUUUUAAAAUUC